UUAUGAAACUUGUGAUUGAUUAUCGUUUCAUAAGAAAUAGAAGACAGAUUUAACAGCUAAGGUUUAAAUGUGGUGUGUAUUCGGGGGCAGUUUCUGUGCGGGAUUGUUUCUGAUUUAAGUGUUCAAUUUGAUCUGAUUGUGUCUGGUUAAUGCGAGUGAUACAAAAUGGGGCAAGAACAAAGCACGGUCAUCGAUUCACCUGUACCAGAUCCAAAAACGGAGGACUCAUCUUCAUCUUCAAUGGAGUCACUGCUUGCUGAAGCCACCGCAUACGGCAAUGAGGACGAAAACCUAUCUCCGGAAGCCAAAGCUCAAAAAGCAUUAGAAUGCCCGUGCAUUCAAAACCUUAGGACCGGGCCCUGCGGGUCCCAGUUUUCUGAGGCCUUCUUAUGUUUUAUGAAGAGCAAUGCUGAAGAGAAAGGAUCCGAUUGUGUGAACCCAUUUGUGGCGUUGCAGAAAUGUAUUCAGAUCAAUCCGAAUGCAUUCCCCAGCGAUGUACUGGAAAAUGAUGAAGCCGAAGCACAGGAGAAACCGGUGCAAGAUUACAAAAUUAUCCCUCCUAAAUGGUCGUUAGAAACUGCGAAUGCAAAACCGAAGCUUUAGUAAAAGAUCUUACCCGUGAAUUUUUUUUUUCGAAAUUGCUAGAUGUCAUUUUUCUUUUGUUACUGAGUUUUACGGUUUAGGUCGGGUUAUGUUAUGUUGACCCGAUCAACAUUUUUCAAGUUCUAUAAGUAAUUAACGUGUUAAGUAUGAUUUUCUUAAGCUGCAUAAUAAAAGUUGUAAUUUGUUGUCUUAA